ACAGUGUGGAGGAGAACAUGAGGUUGGUGCUGGCUGGUCAGUACUCCUUCAUCACCACCAAGUUCCAGAGUGACUAUGUGGUGGCGUCCCGCUAUACCGACCGUUUCGGCUACACUCCCAUCCACUCCAGCGCCACAAUCUACCCCAAGUUUGCCGGCACCUCCUGGGCGGUCAGGAAAGGGGCGCCCUUCCGUCGUAGGAUGACCAGCAUGACGCAGCGGCUGAUAGAGGCGGGGCUCAUCACCCACUGGCUGAAGGACGUCAUCGCCACCCGCGUCCGUCACCAGAGAACCAACAACAUCUCCAGCCCUCACUGGCCCCGCCCCUCCCAGGACGAUCAGCUGGUGGAGUUGAGUUUGGAGCACCUGAAGGCCGGGUUCAUCCUGCUGGUAGUGGGUCACUGCCUGGCCUGCCUCACCCUGCUGGGGGAGCUCCGCCUCGUACGCCGCGUCCCCCACCGCACCCUGUAGCCCUGUCUUCAUUCAUGUUAGCCGACUUGUCGGUUUAUAAUCCUGGUGACAGUUAACGUGGCACCAGUCGGGUGUGUGUGUCUGAGUCUCCCGGACGAGUGUUGAGGAUAAAUUAAAUCGGAGAUUCGUAGGGAAAUGGAAGCUUCGAAGAACAGAUUAAAAUCGAUGAAUGGAGGGACACUGCUAUGUGUGCACAGUAUACAAGUGGUGUUAUAUAAACAGAUAUAUAUCUGUUCAAUAAAAUCGUCAUAAAAGUUUACAAUUGGUUCAACAUGAAUAAAGACAGUGCAGGUAUACAGUUCAGCACACAUGUAAAUAACGCAGGUACACUCGCUACAGAAAAUACCGGCAAUUUUUUUUGCUAGUCAAUAUGACACAAACCAAUUGCAAGAACAGCUAUUGGGUGUACGACG